AUGCAGUAUUACCUUACUGUCUGUAACCCCAUCGACCCUACAUCCAGGGCUCAGAGCUGUGGCGACAGCAGGCUUUGCUACUAUCAUCACUGGGGCUGCUGUUGGGCUUCUCCUUGGCUGUGGCUCUGCUGUCAUAAAGCUGUAGUACAUCUCACUGCAAUUUCUGCCUUCUUAAAUGAGCUUUUCCGUUUUUAGCGCUGCUCUAUAAUUUUUUGGGGCUUCAUCGUAUACCAGUGUCAGCACGAUUUGUAUAAAUGUUCAGCAACAAUUAUUGGGUUACUUCAAUUAAGCAUUUACUCAGUGUGCAGUAAAUCCACUCUGCUUUCACUGCCCAUAUCCAAGUGUGACUAUUUAUUGGCACUAAUGGAAGGUUUCAGAUUGACAGGGACAUUGGCAGUUUUUGUACGUUUGGUACAUUGGCAGUUAGCUACAUUGUUACCUCUCUUGUCCAUAGUUUUGUAUUUGAGCUGCGUUCACUUCCGAACAUAGAAUGAAAUGUUCCCUCAUUCAGUCCGAACCUAAUGUCUCUCAUUGCAGAUCUUGUAGGCCUAAGUUGAACGGUCAUAUUGGGAAAUAAAUGCUUAAGCCUGUUGUGUUUAUCUCUUUAGGUUGCUGGAGACGGACAGUAAGUCCCUCCGCUCUGUUAACGGAUCCAGACGUAACAGCGUCUCCAGCCUCGUGUCCAGCUCCUCAGCUUCCUCCAACCUGUCUCACCUGGAGGAGGACUCCUGGAUCCUCUGGGGACGCAUAGUCAAUGAGUGGGAGGAGGUCCGCAAGAAGAAGGAGAAGCAGCUCAAGGUGAGACACUACUAGGCUAUAGGUUCCUCUGGAAGAGUUAGACAACACUUUCGACCUGGGGAAACUGGUCCCAAAUGGCUCCCUCCGCCUUUCCCUUGGCCUUAACCCUGGUUUUCAGUAAGGUGGAGGCAAUAUGGUGAAAGGUCCCCAUGACACAGGUGACCAACGGUUGUCUCUGAGCCUAUGUAUACUUCGGAAUAACUGCUAACCUUGUGCGUUAGUCGUACCAUAAUGCAAUCCUGUUACUGUUAUAAGACUGUGAAGGCUAGCUAGCAACAAGUAACUAACACAAAUAUUUGUAAUCAAUGAAGUUAGUCGACCUAGCCCGCACUGUACAACAGCUUCUAUGUUUCAUGUUGUAGAUACUUUAUUGUUCAGGACUAAUUCCAAAGGCCAGCUACGUCCCUCAGUGACCCCUACUGUGGUUGUGUUGUCCUUGAACUUACGGUGUCAGUUCUGGUCUAGUUUUUGUCCUCAGUGCUCCCUGCAAACUGAUAGUGUAUAGUGCCCCUCUCUGGUCGCACAGGGGGAACUCCAUUCAGAUGUCAAUGAAAUGUCUCUUUUUAUUGUCAAUCUGAAUUAAUGAUACAUCAGGUUUGGAGUCCUUUUAUGCAUCAAGUUUGGGGUGUAUAAGUAGCCUUGCAUCGAUACUGUUUGUGCUGAAGCCAUAUCUAUUAUUCUAUAGUUGCUAUAGCAGUGUUUUCCACUAGCGCCGGCUGUCAGCUAUAAAGACGAUUUACAGAGACAUUUUCGUACGGGCACUUUUUCCACAUCAAUUAACUAGGCUAUUUUUCAAUUCGCUAGUCAGAAAGAAAGUCUGCAGAGCCCUCUCCCGCAUCUUCUAGCAAUCUAUUGAUAGGACGGGCGCCUGUCAGUCACAAAGUGAGCGAUGACAGGGAAACACUGCUGGUUUGACAGUCUGCUGUCGAUCCCGCCUUUCGGUACCUGGGUGUGUGUGUUGUGGUUGCAGUCGAAUUUCUACACUGAGGGAGAGAGCAUGAAAUUGAAGACUACACACGUAAAUUACAUGCUAUUUGUAUUUGAGCAAUAUGAUUGGCCAUUCAUUCAAGCACUAUCAUUCUCCCGUGAGUCACUUCUCAAGCAGUACAUGAGUUGAUGCCUUCACACGCGAGCUGUCCAGAGCAAAAACAAGUGGCCAUCAAUCUACUCACUGAGCUUAUUUAUUUUAGGGAAAGUGAUUUACAAAAGUAAACCUUCAAUAGUGAACAUACAAUAAAUAUGCUGCCUGCUGUUGAUAGUCUGCUAAAGAAAGCUGCAAAAAUACACCUAGCAUUAGUCUUGGCUAGCCAACUGUAGCCAUGUCUAUCGCUUUUGAAGCGUUUUUCUUAAAGGGGCUUCUCAAAAUGACAUACUUUAAUGCAACUAAUACAAUACAAUUCUAAAGAAUAGAGUAAUGACUUGCAUUACUAAAUUAUAUUACACAGCUUUUUAAUACAUAUCAUAAUAACCAAAUGUAGCCUAUUAACAGCUGAAUAUAGAGAGAAAGCAUGCCAACCUAUAGGUCUCGCAUGACCCCAAUGCAUUUAAGAACUGCACCAUGUCCGGGCCAGUAGAAAUUCUGUUCGGCCCAGUAGAUCUUUGGCCAACUGGCCUGACAGGGCCAGUGAGGGGGAAAAAAAGUGAAUUUGAUGAGUUAUUUCCUGAUAUUUGCUGAUUGAAAAUACAAUCUUGCAUUAGACUGUACCAAAGGCCACCAAAAUAGAGCUUGUUCAGUAAAAGAUAUCUUAAUAUUCCCGCCUGCCUGGGGGAGCCUGGCUGGCUACUUUUUCUAUUUGGCUGGCUACUCCAUGUUCUUGUUGAAAACACUGGCUAUAGUACAGUGCGUUCAGAAAGUAUUCAGACCCCUUGACUUUUUCCACAUUUUGUUACGUUACAGCCUUAUUCUAAAACUGAUGAAAUCGUUUUUUUCCUCGUCAAUCUACACACAAUACCCCAUAAUGACAAAGCAAAAACAGGUUUUUAGAAAUUUUUGCAAAUUUAUUAAAAAUAAAACAAGUAAUCAGAUUAACAUUAGUAUUCAGACCCUUUACUCAAUACUUUGUUGAAGCGCCUUUGGCAGCGAUUUCAGCCGUCUGGCCACUACCAUAAAUUCCUGAUUUGGUGGAGUGCUGCAGAGAUGGUUGUCCUUCUGGAAGGUUCUCCCAUCUCCACAGAGGAACUCUGGAGCUCUGUCAGAGUGACCAUCGGGUUCUUGGUCACCUCCCUGACCAAGGCCCUUCUCCCCCGAUUGCUCACUUUGGCCGGGCGGCAAGCUCUAGGAAGAGUCUUAAUGGUUCCUAACUUCUUCCAUUUUUAAGAAUGAUGGAGGCCACUGUCUUCUUGGGGACCUUCAAUGCUGCAGAAAUGUUUUGUACCCUUCUCCAGAUCUGUGCCUCGACACAAUCCUGUAUCGGAGCUCUACGGACAAUUCCUUCGACCUCAUGGCUUGUUUUUGCUCUGACAUGCACUGUCAACUGUGGGACCUUGUAUAGACCGGUGUGUGCCUUUCCAAAUCAUGUCCAAUCAAUGAAUUUACCACAGGUAGCAAAGGGUAUGAAUACUUAUGCAAAUAAGUAUUUCUGUUUUAUUUUUAAUACAUUUGCAAAAAAAAUCUAAACCUGUUUUCGCUUUUCAUUAUGGGGUAUUGUGUGUAGAUUUAAGGAAAAAUCAAUUUUAGAAUAAGGCUGUAACGUAACAAUUUGGAAAAAGGGAAGGGGUCUGAAUACUUUCUGAAUGCGCUGUAUCUGCCAUAUGGGGCUAGUGUAGAAGUGGGAGAGAAUCCUCAAAAGUCAUACAGUGCCUUGCAAAAGUAUUCAUUCCCCUUGGCGUUUUUCCUAUUUUGUUGCAUUACAACCUCUAAUUUAAAUGGAUUUUUAUUGGGAUUUCAUGUAAUGGACAUACACAAAAUAGUCCAAAUUGGUGAAGUGAAAUGAAAAAAAAACUUGUUUAACAAAAUUCUAAAAUAUAAAUAAUGGAAAAGUGGUGCGUGCAUAUGUAUUCACCCCCUUUGCUAUGAAGCCCCUAAAUAAGAUCUGGUGCAACCAAUUACCUUCAGACAUAAUUAGUUAGAUUGCACACAGGUGGACUUUAUUUAAGUGUCACAUGAUCUCAGUGUGUGUGUGUGUGUGUGUGUGUGUGUGUAUAUAUAUAUAUAUAUACACACACACAGUGCUAUGAAAAAGUAUUUGCCCCCUUUCUAAUUUUCUCUACUUUUGCAUAUUUGUGAUACUGAAUGUUAUCAGAUCUUCAACCAAAACCUAAUAUUAGAUAAAGGGAACAUAAGUGAACAAAUAACACAACAAUUACAAAUUUAUUUCAUUUAUUUCAUAAACAAAGUUAUGCAACACCCAAUUCCCCUGUGUGAAAAAGUAAUUGCCCCCUUACACUCAAUAACUGGUUGUGCCACCUUUAGCUGCAAUGACUCCAACCAAAUGCUUCCUGUAGUUGUUGAUCAGUCUCUCACGUCACUGUGGAGGAAUUUUGGCCCACUCUUCCAUGCAGAACUGCUUUAACUCAGUGACGUGUGGGUUUUCAAGCAUGAACUGCUCGUUUCAAGUCCUGCCACAACAUCUCAAUUGGGAUUAGGUCUGGACUUUGACUAGGCCAUUCCAAAACUUCAAAUUUGUUGCUUUUUAGCUAUUUUCAUGUAGACUUGAUUGUGUGUUUUGGAUCAUUGUCUUGCUGCAUGACUCAGCUGCGCUUCAGCUCACAGAAGGAUGGUCUGACAUUCUCCUGUAGAAUUCUCUGAUACAGAGCAGAAUUCAUGGUUCCUUCUAUUAAGGCAAGUCGUCCAGGUCCUGAGGCAGCAAAGCAUCCCCAAACCAUCACACCACCACCACCAUGCUUGACCUUUGGUAUGAUGUUCUUACUGUGGAAUGCAGAGUUUGGUUUUCGCCAGGCAUUACUGGAACCGUGUCGUCCAAAAAGUUAUACUUUUGAAUCAUCUGUCCAUAGAAAGUUCUUCCAAGAGUCUUCAUGAUCAUCCAGGUGCUUUUUGGCAAACUUGAGUCCAUUUUUUGGACGAGAUGGGUCCCAUUAUGCCUGGUGAAAACCAAACAUUGCAUUCCACAGUAAGAACAUCAUACCAAAGGUCAAGCAUGGUGGUGGUGGUGUGAUGGUUUGGGGAUGCUUAUGUUUUGGUUGAAGAUCUGAUAACAUUCAGUGUCACAAAUAUGCAAAAGUAGAGAAUAUUAAUACUUUUUCAUAGCACUGUAUAUAUACACCUGUUCUGAAAGGCCCCAGAGUCUGCAACACCACUAAGCAAGGGGCACCACCAAGCAAGCGGCACCAUGAAGACCAAGGAGCUCUCCAAACAGCUCAGGGUCAAAGUUGUGGAGAAGUACAGAUCAGGGUUGGGUUAUAAAAAAAUAUCAGAAACUUUAAACAUCCCACGGAGCACCAUUAACUCCAUUAUUAAAAAAUGGAAAGAAUAUGGCACCACAACAAAUCUGCUAAGAGAGGGCCACCCACCAAAACUCACAGACCAGGCAAGGAGGGCAUUAAUCAGAGAGGCAACAAAGAGACCAAAAAUAACCCUGAAGGAGCUGCAAAGCUCCACAGCAGAGAUUGGAGUAUCUGUCCAUAGGACCACUUUAAGCCGUACACUCCACAGAGCUGGGCUUUACAGAGAGUGGCCAGAAAAAAGCCAUUGCUUAAAGAAAAAAAUAAGUAAAUGUGUUUGGUGUUUGCCAAAAGGCAUAUAUGUGGGAGACUCCCCAAACAUAUGGAAGAAGGUACUCUGGUCAGAUGAGACUAAAAUGGAGCUGUUUGGCCAUCAAGGAAAACGCUAUGUCUGGCGUAAACCCAACACCUCUCAUCACCCCGAGAACACCACCAUGUUUUUCAUCGGCAGGGACUGGGAAACUGGUCAGAAUUGAAGGAAUGAUGGAUGGCGCCAAAUACAGGGAAAUUCUUGAGGGAAACCUGUUUCAGUCUUCCAGAGAUUUGAGACUGGGACGGAGGUUCACCUUCCAGCAGGGAAACAUUUACUUGUCUUGGAAUGGCCUAGUCAAAGCCCAGACCUCAAUCCAAUUGAGAAUCUGUGGUAUGACUUAAAGAUUGCUGUACACCAGUGGAACCCAUCCAACUUGAAGGAGCUGGAGCAGUUUUGCCUUGAAUGGGCAAAUAUCCCAGUGGCUAGAUGUGCCAAGCUUAUAGAGACAUACCCCAAGAGACUUGCAGCUGUAAUUGCUGCAAAAGGUGGCUCUACAAAGUAUAGACUUUGGGGGGGUGAAUAGUUAUGCAUGCUCAAGUUUUCUGUUUUUUGUUUGUUUCACCCCAAAAAAUAUUUUGCAUCUUCAAAGUGGUAUAGGCAUGUUGUGUAAAAUCAAAUGAUACAAACCCCCCAAAAAUCCAUUUUAAUUCCAGGUUGUAAGGCAAGAAAAUAGGAACAAUUUCAAGGGGGGGUGAAUACUUUCGCAAGCCGCUGUAACAGGGCCUUAGCUACAUGACUCUGGUAUUUCACAAUUUCCAGAGAAGAGGCCUUAGCUACAUCACCUCCAUGUGACCAGACAGUUGCAAGACAGCUUCUAACUCCUAUUAAUCAUCACAUUGAGCUCUUCAACAAAGAGAAUGCUCAACUGACAUUUGCUUUUUCCUCUGUUGGCGUAGUUGUGUGUGUUUUAAUUGCAAGGCAGGAGGAAAACUGAGCAUUCUACUGUUCUUUUGUAUCAGCAAAACGGAUAUUCUCAAUUUGUGACCGACCACCUCUUUUCAGUCUUAUGUUGCAAAAUUUGAAAUGUUUUUAUUUAUUUAUUUUUUACAUUGGAUAAAAGUACAAACUCAGAGCUACAAAAUGGCAUAUCAUACACUGCAGUUGAGGAGCAUUGGGAAAGUAAUUCUGGUUUGAAAGUUGAUAAACUUGUAACCCCGCUUUUGAGAAAAUGGCGCUUCAAUGUUUUGAUACACCUACUGCAGAGCUCUUCUUUGUCUACACCCAUUCAGCAUCAUUCACACCGUCUUAAGCCCAACCAUCUCUUUUAAGGAUUCACAUGAGGCCAUGUGCUAAACAGAGUGAGUAAGGUAGUGUAGUUUCAUGAAAUACAAUAGAUGGCCGUAAUCACACCCAGACACACCUGAUUAACUUGAUGGGUCAUGUAAUCAUCUGGCGAAGUGGAGUCUUUUGUUUAGACAUGUAGAUAGUUGGCUAGCUAGCUAAACAAUGAACCAUAAUCCCAACCCAUACAGUACUAGAAAUAGAAACAGAUUGUCAUAGCUAGCCACCAUGCAUGAAAUGCUGUAGUAUGAAUCUGCAGGUAGCUAAAGCUAACCAACCAGGUUUAAUGUUAGCUAGCUAACAUUAGGCUAUAAGUAGCAAUGCAAAGGUUUUUCUGAGAUGCAAAUAAUAUUACUACACAGAUCAUACACGUAACGUUAGCUAGUAAGUCAGCCAGCUAACAUUAGCUAGCUAGCAAACAGUACGCUUUAACUUGCAAUGAAAAUGACUUUCUGCUAAAUUCAGUUCUCCAUUGCUACUAUAUCUUUCAAAAAUGCUGCGGUAGCACGGAUUAUCUACACAUACUGAACAGCUCAUGUUAUAAACUGCAGCAUGGCUUCAAUCCGAACUCAUCUACAUGGCAGAUCAAUCCGAACUCAUCUCUCGGCAUAUCCAGCCCAUCCAUUAUCUCAGCCAAUCAUGGCUAGCGGGAAGGAUCCUGUCUUUUUCCGUGGCUAAACCAACUAGGCUCGUAAUUUAACGGUUUUAUUCGUAUUUACAGAUGGCAUACAAGUUUGUUAUUAAGGCACAUGAAAGUUCACAUAUUCCAGAAGGCAUUUCUACAGAAAUAUGCAUUUUAUUAAAAAUAAGUUUAAAAACUUCAAAUGCCUCUCCUGUGAAGUAGGGUCUUGCGACAUGUGCCUAGCUUCCUGAAAUAGGUUCACAUUUUAACCUAGUAGUGAUGUAUUCCUCAUGUAUUCAAUGCAUCAUAUUACCCCUGGACCUGAUUUCCAAGAGUGCUCCAGACAAUGACACAAAUGGUACCCUAUGCCCUACAUAGUGCACUACUUUUGACCAGAGCUCUAUGGGCUGUGGUCAAAAGUAGUGCACUAGUUAGGGAAUAGGGUGCCAUUUGGGACAGAGUGCUGAGUGAACACCAACCAGAGUCAGAGGAGCUUGCACCGUAAUGUAGUGACAGGCUGAGUAAUGGGAGGUGGUAGUUUUCCAAAUGUAUUCACAGCUGUAUGCGUUAUUCAUGAGUUUCCUCUUGCAUGUGUGUGUGAGAGUAUCAUCCAGUGGAGGGAGUGUGUCAGGGUUUCCGUUAGGAAAAUGUGGCACCGGAAAUUUGACCGACAGCAUUUUAAUUUACCGGACAUUUGAGAAAUUUACCGGACCCAUAUGCAUUGGGUGCGUAACCUGAUUAGGGCGUCCACCCACGGUGCUCAGAAUGACAGAAAUCACAUUUAGAUUAUGGCCAUUCAAAUUAACAGAACAUGCAAUUUGAGGAUGCAACGAUGUGCGGUCCUUCUUACAGAAUUCUGAUGUGCACUUUGAAGCUGUUAGAAAAACUGUCCACAUUUCCUUUUCCGCCGCCAACAAGACGAGUAACUUACAGCAAAAUCACUAGCCUAUGUCAAUCUACUAUCCCCCAUAGUAGAAAAGUUUACAUAAUCUAUUGGUCAGCUUGUUAAGAAAUAAAUAGUCUAUUCCAAACAGACUCCAGGACAGUUGUGGGACGUUAGAUCCCAAAUUCAUGAGGGGAGAUCUAAUAUGCAGCAACUAGCAGGAGUUUCUAAUAUGAAUAAGAUUGUGCCUUUUGGCUACUGGACAAUGAAAGAAAGGUUAUUUAAAAUAAUUGCCUCCACAGAUAUGGUCUAGAUUUUGUCAAGGCUACUUUGAAGCAAGGUAAGACAUGCCUCAUAUGUAGUAAAAUGUUCAGGUUUCAAACAAUUAAGUAUAUGUUUUCAAAAUACGUACUGCCUCCAGCUCAUUGCAAAGUGGUGUGUGAUGUGCUGAGAAGCCUGCCUUCCAUUGCCUCUGCAUUUGCUGUUUGAUAUGCUGUAGCAACAGCUCUUGCGCUGUUUGACAGAUUUUCCACUCAAAGGCUCUGUAACUGUAUGCUGUAGGCAUGUGAUAAAUAAAACACAUAAGAAAUAUACUUUAGUCUACACUCGCAUCAAUUUAAUUCCACUAAAUUAUGCAGAUUAACCUAUAGACCGAUAAGCAUGACCAGUCAAAUGUAUAUACAUCAAUGAAUAAGCUAAAAAGCAUUAUCUUGCAAUAUAAUUUUUUAUUCUCCCAGUCAAUUGGCCGGUACCAAUUUUUUUAAUGGCCAAAAGCCGGCUAUUACCAGCUAAUGGAAACCCUUGUGUGUGUGUGUGUGUGUGUAAUGCAGUGGUGAGAUAGGGAAACGGAACGCAGAAGUGGAAUGAAUGAGCUGAGAGCCACAAAGUAGGCUACAUAUUUUCCUUCUAGGAACGUACAGUAGGCUUACUGUAAGAGUGUAUUGUUUCCUUUACAAGGCUGGGACUGUCUAGGAUGACCUCAGAGAAAGGGAGAGAGAUCCCCUGACCACACACAGACACGCACUCUCACGCUAACAAGCAACACAAUCCAGUGUUCCCUGUCUGCAGAGGAAAGGUCUCAAUCAAGUCACAUCAGCAGUAAUUUGCAAGAACAACAUUUCACUCUGCACAAGGCCUUGCUGACUAGAUUAUAUUUAGUGGUGGAAAAUUGUAUUAUGAUGACUGGGGUACAUGCUGUGCUGUGGAGAAAAACACAUUGGAGCAUAGCAGCACACAGAGAGACACAUGAUUUAGUUUAUUCUGAACACCAUCAUAAGAUGUUUCAUUCUAUGUGGAUACCAGUAUAUUCCUUUGUAUAUACAGUGGGGGAAAAAAGUAUUUAGUCAGCCACCAAUUGUGCAAGUUCUCCCACUUAAAAAGAUGAGAGAGGCCUGUAAUUUUCAUCAUAGGUACACGUCAACUAUGUCAGACAAAUGGAGAAAAAAAAAUCCAGAAAAUCACAUUGUAGGAUUUUGAAUGAAUUUAUUAGCAAAUUAUGGUGGAAAAUAAGUAUUUGGUCACCUACAAACAAGCAAGAUUUCUGGCUCUCACAGACCUGUAACUUCUUCUUUAAGAGGCUCCUCUGUCCUCCACUCGUUACCUGUAUUAAUAGCACCUGUUUGAACUUGUUAUCAGUAUAAAAGACACCUGUCCACAACCUCAAACAGUCACACUCCAAACUCCACUAUGGCCAAGACCAAAGAGCUGUCAAAGGACACCAGAAACAAAAUUGUAGACCUGCACCAGGCUGGGAAGACUGAAUCUGCAAUAGGUAAGCCGCUCGGUUUGAAGAAAUCAACUGUGGGAGCAAUUAUUAGGAAAUGGAAGACAUACAAGACCACUGAUAAUCUCCCUCGAUCUGGGGCUCCACGCAAGAUCUCACCCUGUGGGGUCAAAAUGAUCACAAGAACGGUGAGCAAAAAUCCCAGAACCACACGGGGGGACCUAGUGAAUGACCUGCAGAGAGCUGGGACCAAAGUAACAAAGCCUACCAUCAGUAACACACUACGCCGCUAGGGACUCAAAUCCUGCAGUGCAAGACGUGUCCCCCUGCUUAAGCCAGUACAUGUCCAGGCCCGUCUGAAGUUUGCUAGAGUGCAUUUGGAUGAUCCAGAAGAGGAUUGGGAGAAUGUCAUAUGGUCAGAUGAAACCAAAAUAUAACUUUUUGGUAAAAACUAAACUCGUUGUGUUUGGAGGACAAAGAAUGCUGAGUUCCAUCCAAAGAACACCAUACCUACUGUGAAGCAUGGGGGUGGAAACAUCAUGCUUUGGGGCUGUUUUUCUGCAAAGGGACCAGGACGACUGAUCCGUGUAAAGGAAAGAAUGAAUGGGGCCAUGUAUCGUGAGAUUUUGAGUGAAAACCUCCUUCCAUCAGCAAGGGCAUUGAAGAUGAAACGUGGCUGGGUCUUUCAGCAUGACAAUGAUCCCAAACACACCGCCCGGGCAACGAAGGAGUGGCUUCAUAAGAAGCAUUUCAAGGUCCUGGAGUCGCCUAGCCAGUCUCCAGAUCUCAACCCCAUAGAAAGUCUUUGGAGGGAGUUGAAAGUCCGUGUUGCCCAGCGACAGCCCCAAAACAUCACUGCUCUAGAGGAGAUCUGCAUGGAGGAAUGGGCCAAAAUACCAGCAACAGUGUGUGAAAACCUUGUGAAGACUUACAUAAAACUUUUGACCUGUGUCAUUGCCAACAAAGGGUAUAUAACAAAAUAUUGAGAAACUUUUGUUAUUGACCAAAUACUUAUUUUCCACCAUAAUUUGCAAAUAAAUUCAUUAAAAAUCCUACAAUGUGAUUUUCUGGAUUUUCUUUUCUCAUUUUGUCUGUCAUAGUUGACGUGUACCUAUGAUGAAAAUUACAGGCCUCUCUCAUCUUUUUAAGUGGGAGAACUUGCACAAUUGGUGGCUGACUAAAUACUUUUUUCCCCCACUGUAAACACAUUCAGAAAACAAGGCCUACAUGUUUUCCUUCAAAGGCUGUUCUCGUGUUACGUUAAUGAUUAGAGAAAGUUCUGCAAAAUCAUUAAUAUACAUUGAAAGCGAUCUAUGGACAAGGUCGGAUAAACUGCAAACCACACUUUGGUUUAGUUACUGCCACCAAUUGGUAAUAUUAGCAUUUUCGGACCAAAGUCAAUACUGAUUAUAUUUUUCUUCUCCCCAACAGGAUCUGGUCAGAAAAGGGAUCCCCCACCACUUCCGGGCGAUAGUAUGGCAGUUGCUAUGCAAUGCCCAGAACAUGCCUAUCAAAGACCAGUACUCUGAGCUGCUGAAGAUGGUAUCACCCUGCGAGAAGCUGAUUCGCCGGGACAUCGCCCGGACCUAUCCUGAGCAUGAGUUCUUUAAGGAGGACAGCUUGGGACAGGAAGUACUCUUCAAUGUCAUGAAGGUGAAUGCUUUAUAGGUUUGCAACAAAAAAAAAAUAUAUAUCCCGGUUGGAGAAUCAAAAGGGAGUAAACUGCGAGGGAAUCCUCUAACCUGGAACUCUUCAACUGGGAUUUAAAAAAAUACGAAUUUGGAAAAAGUGACCAGAAUUUUGCAACCCUAGUGUUUUGUUUCAAACCUAUACCCGCAACAGAUUGCUUUAGUGUUGUCUGGAAUUGGUUUAGCGGUUAGCUCCGCCGCCUUCAGCACAUACACUGAGGAUACCAAACAUUAGGAAUGCCUUUCUAAUAUUAAGUUGCACUCCCCCUCCCCCCACCUACCUUUUGCCUCAGACUUGCCUCAAUUCAUCAGGGGCAUUGUCUCUACAAGUUUUCGGAAGCGUUCCACAGGGAUGCUGGCCCUUGUUGACUCCAAUGCUUCCCACAGUUGUCAAGUUGGCUGGAUUUCCUUUAGGUGGUGGACCAUUCUUGAUACACACGGGAAACUGUUGAGCGUAAAAAACCCAGCAGCGUUGCAGUUCUUGACCCCCCCCCCCCUUGUCUUGCCCAUUCACCCUCUGAAUGGCACACAUACACAUUCCAUGUCGCUUAAAAAUCCUUCUUUAACCUGUCUCCUCCUCAUCUACACUGAUUUGAAGUGGAUUCAACACAUUACAUCAAUAAUGGGUCAUAGCUUUCACCUGGAUUCACCUGGUCAUGGAAAGAGCAAGUGUUCUUAAUGUUUUGUAUACUCAGUGUAUAGUAUUCAUAACUGGAAUGAACCCUGGACCAUCGUUCGACAAAUCUUUCCUAUCUUUCCUGUCUGUCUCCUACUAUCUGUCCUAUUAGCCUGGUCCCAGAUCCGUUUGUGCUCUUGGCAGGAUAGCACAAACAGACUGGCACUCAGCCAACUGUCCUGUCAAUAGAAGAUGAAGAAGAACAUUGCAUUAGAGCACUGCUUUUAUUCUUCUCAUGACCCAGAGGCAGAAUUGUUCAAAAAAGCGGUUUCUCAAUACAAUGGAGUAGUAAGUAAUUCAGUAGGUGCUUCGUGCUGAAUUGCUUGAAUACAGGGCAGAAAGUGUUGAGUCCACAGUUACACCUUGACCCUGGAAAACCUUAGGUGGGCAGUUUCUCAUAUAGACCCAGGCUUGCAUUUUGGUCAAAAGGAGUGCACUAUGUAGGGUGUAGGGUGCCAUUUGGGAAUUGGGAUGCAGACACAGAGUGCUUAGCUCUCUUCUCAUGACCAUGGCUGAUCUGAGGUCACUUCCUGUUGUUGUUGCAGGCCUACUCUCUGGUGGACCGGGAGGUCGGUUACUGUCAGGGAAGUGCUUUCAUCGUCGGACUGCUGCUCAUGCAGGUAAUAAUGAUCCUAAGACACACACAUGCUGUGUUAUGGUCACAUGCAACCUGCCACUACACACAUCAACAAAGAAUCAUUAGAUUGACCAGAGUGUUUUUCAUGUGAUGUGUGAUUUGCACCAGACUGUCACUGGUCAAUUGUGUGGUGGUGAUUAACCUGUAUUAUGAUAUGUAUGAUUUUGUAUUGUGUGAAAUGUGUAUUUUAUGUAUAUGAGGAAGACAUUUUUUAGUAAGACAGGUUUAAUUAAGUUGUGAGGUCUCUUAAAGGCUGGUUUUCCAGACACAGAUUAAGCCUAGUCCCGGACUAAAACACAUUCUCAAUGAAAAAUCUCCAUUGAAGAUAUAUUUUAGUCUAGGACUAGGCUUAAUCUCUCUCUCUGUGUGUGUGUGUGUGUGUGUGUGUGUGUGUGUGUGUGUGUGUGUGUGUGUGUGUGUGUGUGUGUGGUCUAGAUGGUGUAUGAGGAGGUCUUUUGUUGAAGGUUUAAGGAAACUGUUUGAUGAUCUUUGUGUUUGUUUGGUGUGCGUCACCCUCACCAGAUGCCCGAGGAGGAGGCGUUCUGUGUGUUCGUGAAGCUGAUGCAGGACUACAGACUGAGAGAACUGUUCAAACCCAGUAUGGCUGAGCUGGGACUCUGCAUGUACCAGUUUGAGUUUAUGAUCCAGGUAAGACCUGAUAUGGGUUCGGUACAUGAAUGAAUGAAUGACAAACCUUUUACAGAGCAAUAUUGAUGCACAGCAGCACGCUCCAAGACUCCUUAGAAUGUUGAUUUAGUAUGACAAUAUGAAUAAAAAUGAUAUAUUUAAUAAUUUAGCAGACACUUUUAUCCAGAGUCUUACAAUUAGUAAAUGUGACAUCUUUAUUUAGGAUUAUAUAUUUUAUUAUAUUCAUGUCUCCCUCUAUCUCCGACACACCGUUCCACCCCCUCCUUUAGGAACUUCUCCCAGACCUCCAUAUCCACUUCCAGGCCCAAAGUUUCCACACCUCUAUGUACGCCUCCUCCUGGUUCCUCACCAUCUUCCUCACCUCCUUCCCUCUCCCUGUUGCUACUAGGAUCUUUGACAUCUUCAUGUUAGAGGUGAGUCCAGUUAAAGGUGCAAUCCCCAUCCCCCAACUGUAUGCCAAAACAGGCGGCAGGGCUGCCAUUUUGCUGAUAAACUAAUCCCAGAUUGUAGCUUUAAAGAACGUCUGAUUUACUCAUGUUUGACAAUCUACUUCUAGUCAAGUGAGUCCAGAAUAGUUUUUAUUACAGCCAACACAAGGGUCUGUGAGGGAAUGCAAGCAAUUGGCGCCCACUGGUGGCCUUGGCAUAAAGGACACAUUGGAAUAUCUUGUGGACUAAACUUCAAUUUCACCUUGGUAACGCAGUGUUCUGUGCGGUACUAGAUAAUGUAAUGUUAUGAUAAUGUAAUGCUAUGACAAUGUAAUGAUAAUGUAAUGCUUGUCUCAGGGUCUGGAGAUAGUGUUCCGUGUGGGGCUGGCCAUCCUACAGAUGAACCAGGUAGAACUCGAACAGCUAGACAUGGAGGGAAUGUUACAGGUAUGAGCAGCCAUAACCAUUGGAAUUAGAACCCUGUCUGAGUUAAUGCACACAAUGAUCCAUUCAAUUCAAACUUUUUUCAUCCAAGAGGGGCAAUUAUUGCCGGCAGGCAUAAGAUACAUAGUCUGGUCCCAGAUCAGUUUGUUCUGUUUGUGACAAUGACCGUAGGCGUUGGCAAGACUGCACAAACUGAUCUUGGACCAGGCUAUAGGAUACAGAUUGAAAGACAUUAAACCUACACUUGAAGUUGUGUGAGCAUAUCUGUCUCAUACUCACCCAAUCGUUACGUCUCUCCCUGCUGUGCUGUAGCACUUUCAGAGGGUCAUCCCCCACCAGCUGGAAAGUGGACCAGACAAGGUCAUCCUUGCUGCUUAUAACGUCAAGUACAACGCCAAGAAGAUGAAGAAGUGAGUAGUACGCUUCUGCUCGCUCUUUGGGCUCUAGGCCUGGUUACGGUAAAAGCACGUCUGUGACUGCAGAUGUAAUUGAUUGAUAUGUUCCUUGAGCUGUCAUGGCAACAGUAGUUCCAGAGGGAUGGAGAUAGGUGCUAGCUGCAAGUACACGUGGUGCCAGUGUGCUGUAAUGAUGCUGUAUGACUCCUGUUUUCAGGUUAGAAAAGGAGUACACUACAAUCAAAACUAAGGAGAUGGAGGAGCAGGUGGAGAUUAAGGUGAGUGGUGGAGCAGUAGGCUGAAACAUGUUUUAGACUUACCAUGAUAUCAGUCAAGGCAGUAGUAUAGUUCACUCUUAUAGACAUCAGUACAGGUCAAUUUGAUCACUAUUAGCAGUUGAUCACUAUAACCGCACUCCAUAAACUGAGUUCACUGUACUUAAAACCCCAGGUAUGUAUGAUAUUUGGAAUAAUUAUAUUUUAUUUGUGUUCUGUGUCCUUGUGUUGCAGAGGUUGCGCACAGAGAACAGACUGCUGAAACAGAGGAUAGACACACUGGAGAAAGUGAGUGAAACGAAGGAGGUGGAGGAGGGUGGUAAACAGGUUGAACCAUGGCUCUCCUUGCCAUCCUAUCUCAUGACACCAGUCAUAAUAUUAAGCCAUAUUAUAACAGUGAACCCUUUGUCAGGGCCAUUCACACAACAAGACCGUAACCCCGACAUACAUUAACCCAUCAAGUGCUUGUUCAUGCAUCAUGUGUCUGUCGUUGGUCACUAAAGACACAUGGGUCUUGUUGUUGCUAACUGGGCUGCGCUGGUGUGGUCUGUCUGUCCAAUUUACAAGACAACACUAGAAUUCUCACUCACUGACAGAGUGUAUAUCUCAUUGGAUAAAAGGAUCCUAGUUCGCUUUGGAAUGCAAGUCUUACAUUUAGAUGCAUGUCUCAGUCUUGAUCCACACUCAGGAUCAGGUAAAAUUAAGAUCACUUUAUUGGUCGAUUGCACACAAGGUCCAACCAAAUAUUGACUUCGCUUUUAACCCAACCCCUCCGAAUGAAACAUGCAUACACAUACAGGUUUUUGGAGAGGUGCGGGGGGUUGCCACACUGGACACCCAGGGAGCUGUUUGUGUGGGGUGUUAAGUGCCUUGCUCAAGGGCACAAUGGCAGGCAAUGGCAUCUAGGAUUUGAUACCAGCAACCCUCCUGUUGCCAGCUCACUUCACGUCAGACCCUCUGAGACUGGAGCUGGCUGUGGAGCUCUAAAAGGCUACAUUCAGUGAUGGUUGUUCACUUCUGAGAUGAUGCAGAGCAGCACUGCAUGCCAGAGUGCGCGGCUGCCAUUGUUGUGCAUGUUGUUGGGAUCCUCCGCUGUUUGUGUCUGAGCACAAAUAUACAGGCACUGCCAGGCCUGGUCAGAGUACCAGGACACCAUGCAUGAGGACUGCCUGAGUGUCUGUCCCAAACAACCAGGCUCUGUCUAGAGGCAUAACCACUCACUCACUCAUAUCACAGUAUCGUUUCAAAUCCAGUCGAAGACUACAACUUCUCAUACCCAAAAUAUUAACUGGAAUUGCUCAAAAGCUUCUAAAGCGUAACCAGGCGGCACUUAAGAACCUAAAAAAGCAUGGCUACAUCUAAAAAAACCCUGCUGUUUAUAGCUAUCUUCUAAGUCUUAUUUUCCUCUUGGCCCUGUUUAACCCUCGUCUUCUGCUUUGCCUGUCUGAAACUCAUCACGUGUUGUCUGUCACCCUCACCACAUAAUUCUCACUUUGUCACCACUUUACCCCCACAACCUUAUCACCACACCUCAAGACCAUGUUCCUUUUCUACCUCCCAUACUUGUAAAAUAACUUGGACACUAUGGGGCAUUUGCUAACUUUUCCCGUUGACAUCAAUGCAUGGUUAAGUGACUUAUGUCGAAGUUAGGAUUCACCUAGAACAUUGUAAUUGGUUGCCAAAACAACGGAGGAAAGAAAAUGAACAUUGAGUUUCUCUUUAUAAAAACCAAAUCAAGUGUUUGUCCGUUUGUUUUCUAUUAUAACUGAGUUCUUUGGUCUCUCUUUCUCUGUGCUUUCUCUCUCGUGGAUAUUUCUGUUUUGUAGGAAAGUGCUUCCUUGGCAGAUAGAUUGAUCCAGGUAUAAACUUCAUUUUCUCCUCCACUAUCCCCUCUCAUCCCUCUUACAUUGCACUUUCCCAUCUCAAAUGUCUUAAUCUCAAUGUAGCGUUGCAUGCUCAUGAUUUGACCUUUAAAUGAUAGCACAAUAAAUGUCAAUUAAAAAAAAAAUAUAUAUAUAUAUUAAUGUAAAAUAAGGAUAUCGAAAUCAGAUCGCUUUGGUGAAAACCUAGGAUUCAAGAAGUGCAUGUAAUCACCCAUAACAGCAUGCCUAAGUAUCUUGAAACAUGCCAAAAGAAAAUGCUUAGAGCGUAUCAGUCAGAGUCCACCAAUGAGACUCAAUCAAAAACCUUUGCACGAGAAAAAACAGCAUGCGUUUCAAAAUUAAAAACUCCCAAUCCUGUUUUAUUUAUAUAAUCUUUGAUUUGCCCAUCCCUUCCGUCCAUCCCACCCCCGUGGUGCUCCCUGCUCACCCCAACCUCGGUUGGUUAUGUCCUAAAGGGACAAGUGACACGCGCCCAGGAGGCAGAGGAGACCUACCUGGUCAUGCGGGAGCUGGCCACGGUCAGGCAGCAGAGCGAAGAGGCCACAGCUCAGCUGGAGCUGGCACAGAGCACCAUCAGGGAGCUCCAGCAGAGACCACUAUUGGUAAGGAGUAGCACAGUGCUCAAGUUCCUGUAUGGCUCAGUUGGUUUAGUGUGACGAUGACAAUUCCAGGGAUGUAUGCACUCACUGUACUGUAAACCGCUUUGGAUUAAAGCGCCUGCUAAGUGGCACAUAUUACAGUGCCACCUCUGGGAGGGAUGAUCACCAGCCCAGGCCUGGUCAACCCUCCAUCCAUCAGGCUAGGAUCAGUGGUCUGGUCUCUACGACAGGAACCAUGUUUGACUCAGGGGCAGGAUAUUGGGAUUGUUGAAAUGUCUCCUGAUGUGGGGUGACUAUUUUGGCUUGUUGAUGUUCACUAUUUAAUGGGAGGAUUUCUUAUAAAUGUCAGAUAAUCAUGAGAUUUGAAUAACAUUGCAGCUUUUGUUAUAGCAUUGGAUGCAUGGGCAGUGACUGAAUACAGAGUUUAUUCUGUCCACGUUCAUGUCUUGAGGACUAGCCAUGUUAGACAGUGCCUUCGGAAAGUAUUCAGACCCCUUGACUUGUUUCACAUUUUGGUAGUUUACGGCGUUAUUCUAAAAUGUAUUAAAAUGUUUUUUCCCCUCAUCAAUCUACACACAAUACCCCAUAAUGACAACGCAAAAACAGGAUUUUAUAACUUUUUGCUCAUUUCUAUUUAAAAAAAAUACGGAAAUAUCACAGUCACAUAGGUAUUCAGACCCUUUACUCAGUACUUUCUUGAAGCACCUUAGGCAGCGAUUACAGCCUCGAGUCUUCUUGGGUAUGACGCUACAAGCUUGGCACACCUGUAUUUGGGGAGUUUCUCCAAUUCUUCUCUGCAGAGCCUCUUAAACUCUGUCAGGUUGGAUGGGGAGCGUUGCUGCACAGCUAUUUUCAGGUCUCUCUAGAGAUGUUCUAUCGGGUUCAAGUCCGGGCUCUGGCUGGGCCACUCAAGGACAUUAAGAGACUUGUCCCAAAGCCACUCCUGCAUUGUCUUGGCUGUGUGCUUAGGGUCGUUGUCCUGUUGGAAGAUGAACCUUCGCCCCAGUCUGGAAGAUGAAACUCCAAGCUGUCAUAUGCCUUUUACUGAGGAGUGGCUUCUGUCUGGCCACUCUACCAUAAAGGCCUGAUUGGUGGAGUGCUGCAGAGAUCGUUGUCGUUCUGGAAUGUUCUCCCAUCUCCACAGAGGAACUCUAGAGCUCUGUCAGAGUGACCAUCAGGUUCUUGGACACCUCUCUGACCAAGGCCCUUCUCCCUCAAUUGCUCAGUUUGGCCGGGCGGCCAGCUCUAGGAAGAGUCUUGGUGGUUCCAAACUUCUUCCAUUUAAGAAUGAUGGAGGCCAUUGUGUUCUUGGGGACCUUCAAUGCUGCAGAAAUUUUUCGGUCCCCUUCCCCAGAUCUGUGCCUCGACACAAUCCUGUCUCGGAGCUCUACGGACAAUUCCUUCGACCUCAUGGCUUGGCUUUUGCUCUGACAUGCACUGUCAGCUGUGGGACCUUAUAUAGACAAGUGUGUGCCUUUCCAAAUCAUGUCCAAUCAAUUGAAUUUACCACAGGUGGACUCCAAUCAAGUUGUAGAAACAUCUCAAGGAUGAUCAAUGGAAACAGGAUACACCUGAGCUCAAUUUCGAAUCUCAUAGCAAAGGGUCUGAAUACUUAUGUAAAUAAUUUAUUUCUGUUUUUUAUUUGUAAUACAUUUGCAAAAAUGUCUAAAAACCUGUUUUCGUUUUGUCAUUGUGGGGUAUUGUGUGUAGAUUUCUGAGGAUAAAAAAUAAAUGUAUUUUUUUUUUUUAGAAUAAGGCUGUAACGUGACAAAAUGUGAAAAAAGUCAAGGGGUCUGAAUACUUUCCGAAAGCACUGCAUGUAUAUCCUGUGUUAGCAAUGUUUACUUUUCACACUUAAUCAAAAUAUGUACACUGCUUAGCAACAAAUUCGCAGUUAGUGAAGGUGACAGUGAAAUGGAUUCUCCCCACCUCUUCACUGCAGAACACACUCUAUCUCUCUCUGUCUCUCUCUCACUCUAUACAUAAUGAUCCUGUGUGCAUGCAUGACUUCAAAUUGGUACAUGCUGUUUGCGCAGUGCAGCCACCUUUUGCAGUCAUUAGCAUACUCCUAGAAAGGAUUCAUGAAUUUAUAAGGCGCUGCUGUCUGAUGUGGGUGUAUAUAACGUGGAGUCAGAGCUGUUGGUGUGUGUGGUACCCCAGUGGGACCCACUCUUGGUGCUAAACAGACCCUUUAAUAUUGAUGAGCUGAUUUAGUGAAACAUGUUGUGAUGUCUGCACUGCAGUGUUUUACAUAACGUGCUCUCUUGCUCUGACAAUGAGCUGCUAUAUUCAUUAAACAUUUAUAAUGCGUUGGAAGAGUGAGGCUAAUUUGUUGUCCUCUGUGGAAAUCAAGGAUGACAUUUGAGAAUAUGUUUUUGAAAGUGAACUGCCAUACUACUUGGUGUAUUUUAGAGGGGGUUGUUAGUGGUGUGCAAUUGAACAAGGUAGCUAGCUACAGCACAAUAAAUAUGUAUUUCUCGUGCUGAUUGCUCAACAAUCAUAUUUUUUUUCUCCACAAUACUAUGUUUAUAUAUACAAAUCUAUUGAGUGAAAAUGUAUAACAUUUUAUAUUGUUUCGAAGCAAUGUGUGUAUUGUAAUUUGAUUUUAAGUAGGUCAUUUGAAUUACCAGUGUUAUUUCGAGAUUCUAACACAUUAUUCCUACUCAGACUAACCUAAAGGACACUAUUGGCCGGUUUCCCGGAGGCAGAUAAAGCCUAGUCCUGGACUAUAAUGCACCAUAAAUGGAGAUUCUCCGUUGGCUAAUUUGAGUUCUGGGAAACCAUUUCAAUAGGUGUAUGAAAGAAGAGUUCUUCCUCACUCUCUCCUGUUCCUCCUUCUCCUUCCUCCCUACUGUAGAAGGGUAACCCGCGCUACACAGAGGAGUCUAUCCUGCAGCUGGAGAGAGAGCUGGUUCAGGCCAGGCUAAAGGAGGCGGAGUCACAGUGUGCCCUCAAGGAGAUGCAAGACAAGAUCCUGGACAUAGAGAAGGUGUGUUACCUGGCUCAGACUGUCUAUCAUGAACUCUCUCACUGUCACAGUGCCGCCUAGUCCAACUCCUCUGUCAGGCAUUCCACCUGGAAUAGGCAAACGUUAUGGGAUAUUGCAGAUAUAAAUGUCAUGACUAGAGCUGAUGUGAUUCCGUUUCUACAUGUAGAGACUAGAGGCAUGUUUGUUCUACAUUAGGAAUGCACAUUUCAUAAAAUGUAGCUGCAGACUAACUGACCCCCAUUAACCAGUUAACAACCGGUUAAAUUUGUUUUGUAAAAUGAUGCAACCAACAGAAAAGAAUAUGCAUGCAUACAAGGAACUAGGGCUGGGACGAUACCAGUAUUGCAAUACUUGUUAGUAUCGUGGCAAAGAAACAAAAUGCGAAGCGGAUUUAACUUCUUGAGGAAACAGACCUAAUGUUGGAAACAAACAUUAUGUUUUCAUCCAGAGUCACAUUUAUUUAGGGGUCUAUUCAAUCCACAUUGCGGAAAUUCAGCUUUACAGCAUGAUAGAUUAAAUGUUUUAAUAGUUGUUGUUUUUUAAAACAUACAAACGACAACAUACAGCCACACACAAACAUCCACAACAUCACCCCUGCCCAGACCCACCUGCUCACACCCCAAUCUCCAGUGCCCGCAUCACUCUCUGCCACAUGACCUCAAACUGCACCAUUUUGUUUCUGUACAUUGCCCACGCACUUUCAACAUUUAGAUAAUAAAGCAUUUGGCCUUUCCAUUGUGUUAACGAUGGGGGAUUGGUUGAUUUCCAGUUAAGUAUACGUUUUUGAAGAUGAUUGACGAGAAAAGUAUUGUCCAACCCAUCGGGUGUCUCACUGCACCCUGAGUGAGAAUUUUGUCUCUUGUGUAAUAAAUUCUAUACAUUAGUUUAAACUGGAUUAAGCGUAAUUUCCUAAAUUAUGUUCAGGGGUGAAAGGAAGGCAGUGUGGUCCGGUACGUCAUUCCGGCAAAAUAAACAGUGGGGGUAUGCCGUACCGGUAAAACAUGAGCCUAUCACAAUAAUUAAAACAAAAUGUCAAGAAAACUGUAGGCUAUUACACCAUGAUUUAUCAUUCCCAUAUGUCGGAGGCUUGAAGAUGUCUUUCCAUUCCCCACUGUUUAGAGGCUGGAAAUAUGUUGGGAGUGCACGGGUAGCCUAGUAAAGGAACCCUUUGACAAUCAGAUGAAAACAUCAUGACUGGUUGAGUUUAUGCCACAAUAAAAGGUCAUACAUUUUAAAAGUUUAAUGACAAAUCUUUGACCAACAGAGAUGCUAUUGAGUUAAUAGGGAUUCUAAAUGUAAUUAUAUGAUUAGGCCCCACAGCCGGCCAGCCUAUUAGGCAGGAUUCGAAAGCAGCCUAGAGCGGCAGUUUGACGAGGGCGGCAUUUUCCGAGCUAAACUGACCAAGACGCACCUCCAACAACAACAUAACACCUCACAUUAUUCUGCCCCAAAACAAUGAUAACUUCUCUCACCCAGUGGCAUGAGGGCUAUUUAAGUGAGCGCUGAUGCCGCCCCAUGAUAAGUAAGCAGUGCCCACUUUUCCAAAGGCAGGGGCUCAAAAUAUUUAGCUUGUCCAUGCCCAGCGUGCCUCGCCAUGGUGAUGUUGGAGAGACCAACGCUUCCUCAAAUUAAUUUAAUAUAGCCUAAAUAAUGUAGCCUACGGUAGAAACAGUAGUAGCCUAUGUGUGUUAAAAAAAUGUUGUAGCUCAUAAACUGGAGACCAAAUGUAUGACAAUGUCACGAGACAGACACUUUUUCAAUCAUGAACUUAUUAAUGAGGAGAGAGAGUGCAGGAGAAAGUCAACUAAAAAGGCAAGUGGGCAGAUAUCAGCUUUGGAGUGGCUGCGGCAUAAUCAAACAGUGGUGGACAGCAAAUGGUGCUGAAAGUAAUUCAUUUCAACAACAUUUCUUCAUUUUAAUUCGACUUCACUAACAACAAGAGGGCUUUGUUGGAGCCUAUUUCUUCCUAUUCAAUAAAAUAAGAGGUCGGCCUGCCUGUUUGACAGACGCAAUUAUGGUAUCCAUAGAUUUGUCCAAAUCCUCCAAUACUGUCAUGUCACCAUGCACUCCUUAAAUACACAAAAUGACCAAAAGUAUGUGGACAGCUGCUCGUCAAACAUCUCAUUCCAAAAUCAUGGGCAUUAAUAUGGAGUUGGUCCCCCCUUUGCUGCUAUAACAGCCUCCACUCUUCUGGGAAGGCUUUCCACUAGAUGUUGGAACAUUGCUGCGGGGACUUGCUUCCAUUUAGCCACAACAGAAUUAGUGAGGUCUGGCACUGAUGUUGGGCGAUUAGGCCUGGCUCGCAGUCUGCGUUACAAUUCAUCCCAAAGGUGUUCGAUGGGGUUGAGGUCAGGGCUCUGUGCAGGCCAGUCAAGUUCUUCCAUACCGAUCUCAACAAACCAUUUCUGUAUGGACCUCGCUUUGUGCGCGGGGGCAUUGUUAUGCUGAAACAGGAAAGGGCCUUAAACUGUUGCCACAAAGUUGGAAGCACAGAAUCUUCUAGAAUGUCAUUGUAUGCUGUAGCGUUAAGAUGUAGAUUUCCUUUCACUGGAACUAAGGGGCCUAGCCCGAACCAUGAAAAACAGCCCCAGACCAUUAUUCCUCCUCCACCAAACUUUGCAGUUGGCACUAUGCGUUGGGGCAGGUAGCGUUCUCCUGGCAUCCAUAAAACCCAGAUUCGUCCGUCGGACUGCCAGAUGGUGAAGCGUGAUUCAUCACUCCAGAGAACGUGUUUCCACUGCUCCAGAGUCCAAUGGCGUCGAGCUUUACACAACUCCAGCCGAUGCUUGGCAUUGCACAUGGUGAUCUUAGACUUGUGUGCUGCUGCUCGGCAGCUUAUGGUAGAGAAAUGAACAUUAAAUUCUGGUGGAUAUUCCUGCAGUCAGCAUCCCAAUUGCACGCUCCCUCAAAACUUGAGACAUCUGUGGCAUUGUGUUGUGUGACACAACUGCACAUUUUAGAGUGGUCUUUUAUUGUUCCCAGCACAAGGUGCACAUGUGUAAUAUUAUGCUGUUUAAUCAGCUUCUUGAUAUGCCACACCUGUCAGGAGGAUGGAUUAUCUUGGCAAAGGAGAGAUGCUCAGUAACAGGGAUGUAAACAAAUUUGUGCACAACAUUUUAGAGAAAUAAGCAUUUUUUGAGUAUGGAACAUUUCUGGGAUCUUUUAUUUCAGCUCAUUAAACAUGGGACCAACACUUUACACAUUGCGUUUAUAUUUUUGUUCAGUAUAUAUUUUCAUAGAAGCUUUUAAAAUGGUAAUUGAUCUUGUUGUUCUAAUUAAUACAUUUGUAUCUUUUAAAAUUACAACUUAACUAACUUUUGCGAGUAUGAGAUUAUCAUUCCCCUAACGUACGCCUUAAAAGCAUCUCAAAUUAUAUUGCGGGUUGGCUGUUCUCUGUCCUCUGCCUACAUUUGUAAUGGUAAAGGUUUUAAUUUUUUCAUUUACGUAUUUAACCUCAUCACAAGGUUCCCCAUAUCCGGGGUAUUCCUCCCGCAAUCUCAAACAAUGACGUAGUAUGGUUUUUAAACGUGUGAAUACCUGAAUGUUAUACACCACUGGAACGAGAAGCGUCUCAACUGUGAAUCUAGCUAAACUGUUGUUGUCCAAAUGAAAUAAUAUUCAGACUCCAAACAAAUAUACAGUGAGGGAAAAAGGUAUUUGUCCCCUGCUGAUUUUGUACGUUUGGCCACUGACAAAGACAUGAUCAGUCUAUAAUUUUAAUGGUAGGUUUAUUUGAACAGUGAGAGACAGAAUAACAACAAAAAAAUCCAGAAAAACGCAUGUCAAAAAUGUUAUAAAUUGAUUUGCAUUUUAAUGAGGGAAAUAAGUAUUUGACCCCUCUGCAAAACAUGACUUAGUACUUGGUGGCAAAACCCUUGUUGGCAAUCAGAGGUCAGACGUUUCUUGUAGUUGGCCACCAGGUUUGCACACAUCUCAGGAGGGAUUUUGUUCCACUCCUCUUUGCAGAUCUUCUCCAAGUCAUUAUGGUUUCGAGGCUGACGUUUGGCAACUCGAACCUUCAGCUCCCUCCACAGAUUUUCUAUGGGAUUAAGGUCUGGAGACUGGCUAGGCCACUCCAGGACCUUAAUGUGGUCCUUCUUGAGCCACUCCUUUGUUGCCUUGGCCCUGUGUUUUGGGUCAUUGUCAUGCUGGAAUACCCAUCCACAACCCAUUUUCAAUGCCCUGGCUGAGGGAAGGAGGUUCUCACCCAAGAUUUGACGGUACAUGGCCCUGUCCAUCGUCCCUUUGAUGCGAUGAAGUUGUCCUGUCCCCUUAGCAGAAAAACACCCCCUUAGCAUAAUGUUUCCACCUCCAUGUUUGACGGUGGGGAUGGUGUUCUUGGGGUCAUAGGCAGCAUUCCUCCUCCUCCUCCAAACACGGCGAGUUGAGUUGAUGCCAAAGAGCUCGAUUUUGGUCUCAUCUGACAACAACACUUUCACCCAGUUCUCCUCUGAAUCAUUCAGAUGUUCAUUGGCAAACUUCAGACGGCCCUGUAUAUGUGCUUUCUUGAGCAGGGGGACCUUGCGGGCGCUGCAGGAUUUCAGUCCUUCACGGCGUAGUGUGUUACCAAUUGUUUUCUUGGUGACUAUGGUCCCAGCUGCCUUGAGAUCAUUGACAAGAUCCUCCCGUGUAGUUCUGGGCUGACUCCUCACCGUUCUCAUGAUCAUUGCAACUCCACGAGGUGAAAUCCUGCAUGGAGCCCCAGGCCGAGGGAGAUUAAACAGAUCUUUUGUGUUUCUUCCAUUUGCGAAUAAUCGCACCAACUGUUGUCGCCUUCUCACCAAGCUGCUUGGCGAUGGUCUUGUAGCCCAUUCCAGCCUUGUGUAGGUCUACAAUCUUGUCCCUGACAUCCUUGGAGAGCUCUUUGGUCUUGGCCAUGGUGGAGAAUCUGAUUGAUUGAUUGCUUCUGUGGACGGGUGUCUUUUAUACAGGUAACAAGCUGAGAUUAGGAGCACUCCCUUUAAGAGUGUGCUCCUAAUCUCAGCUCGUUACCUGUAUAAAAGACACCUGGGAGCCAAAAAUCUUUCUGAUUGAGAGGGGGUCAAAUACUUAUUUCCCUCAUUUUUGACAUGCGUUUUUCUGGAUUUUUUUGUUGUUAUUCUGUCUCACUGUUCAAAUAAACCUAACAUUAAAAUUAUAGACUGAUAAUUUCUUUGUCAGUGGGUAAACGUACAAAAUCAGCAGGAGAUCAAAUACUUUUUUCCCUCACUGUAUAAGCAUAUAGCAAAACCAGUACUGUAUUUUGAAACCGUGCAUGCCCGUAUAUUCGUAGACAGUUAACUUAUUUUUCUCAACCUUAUUCCAACAAACUGCGUCUUACCUUUGUCGUUUUUGUUACCAAAAGUAGUGUCUGAUCAAAUAA